GAUAAUGACAAAUAGACAAAUAGAAAGAUCAAGAAGUUGUCACAGUCGCAUGCAAAAUGGCAGAUAAUUGCAUGUUUCCCACUUGCAAAAACGUAAUGGAAAUGACUUCCGAAGAUAUACAACAUCUACUCGAAGACAUUGAUACGGUUUUAUUCGACUGCGAAGGUACGUUAUGGCACCUAAAUAAGCCUUUGCCAGGUGCCGUAGAAGUCGUCAACAGAUUGAUAGAUAUGGGCAAGCAAGUCUUCUUAAUAAGCGACAACUCCACCAAAACUCAAAAGGAUCUGGCCGAUAGUAUCAGAAAAAUGAAAUUCAACGUGACAAACGAGCAGAUAAUAAAUACAGCUUUUUUGACAGCCAGUUUUUUGAAGCAUGCACACUUCUUUAAAAACGUUUAUGUCAUUGGAGGAAACGGCAUAACUGAAGAGCUGAGAAAUGCUGAUAUCGUUAGCUUCGGCAUGGGCCCCGACGAAACUUCUGUGGAUGUGGAAGGCAACUUAGGAAACAUCGAGAUAUUUCCUAACGUAGGAGCGGUAGUCGUAGGUCACGACAUUCAUUUAUCGUAUGUUAAGCUUCUGAAAGCGGCAACGUAUUUAAGGAGCCCAAGAUGCUUAUUCCUUGGAACAAAUGCUAGUGAUGUACUUACCUCUGAUGAUAGAUGCCCUGUGACUUUGCCUGGUCCCGGAUCACUGUUAAAGGCUAUUGAAGCUGUUUCCGGCAGAGAACCGUUUGUAAUUGGAAAGCCAUGUUAUUACCUUGACGGAUACUUGCACAAAGAACACAAUAUAAAUUCUCAAAAGACCCUAAUUAUCGGUGAUUCGGCUGAUGAUGACAUAGAAUUUGGAAAUAUGUGUGGAUAUAUUACUUUCUUGGUUUUAUCUGGCGAAACUUCAAUGGAUCAAUUGGUGAAGUCUAAAUCUAAUUUACUGAAAACUCCCCAGUUUUAUUCAAAGUCUUUGGAUGCUUUGGCUAAAUAUUUUGAGAAGGAGGGUAACUAACAUAAAAUAUUCACAUAACAAAAAUUAUUGUGCAAUAAGCAGAGAUGUUCACUCGACUUUGUUAUAAUUUAACUUUAUACCUUUAUAAUAAAUGUGUUUAAUGAUAAUGA